GUAGGUGGCGCUGAGUACACCUCAACUUACUCCUUCAAGAGAAGUUGUUUUGAAAACGUCAAUGUUCAAACACACACAGUCCGGAAAGGGGACAUCGGCUUUAAUCGUGUACCCCUCUGACUGCAAGGCCAGCUGGGUUGUCUUCAUCAUAGAUCAACUUAAUGCUGUGCCACUAGGCCAGCAUUUCAAAUGAACAUGUCUCUUGCUCAAAGAGUCCUCCUGACAUGGAUCUUCACGCUUAUAUUCCUUAUCAUGCUGGUCCUGAAGUUGGACGGGAAGAUCGUCUGGAACUGGUUCCUCAUCUUCCUUCCUGUCUGGACCUUUGAUCUUAUUCUCCUCCUCAUGCUCAUUGUCAAAAUGGCAGGCCGCUGCAAGCCGGGGUUCGACCCUCGCAACGGGGCAGAGAACUUGAAGAAGCGCGUGUGGUACCUCGUGGCCAUGCUGCUUAAGCUGGCAUUUUGUCUGAUGCUGUGUGCCAAAUUGCAGAACCUAAUGGACAUCUUGGUGAGCUCGGUUUGCACCCCUCUGUGGGCACUGCUCAUCGGAGCUAUGGUGGAGUUGGGCUACAAUGUUUUCCACUUCAGAAGAGACUGAACGGUAUUCAUUGAAAGCCAGCGGAAGUCUUUACUGUAUUCUUCAGGAAUAAAAUCAUCUUGAAAGUAGAUGUUAUUCGUAAAAAAGGGAAUAUAUAACGGACAAUAAGAAUGUACAGCGAAUUCAAGCUCUUUAUCAGGAAUUGCUUGUUUCUUUCAGGCUCGAGAGUGACUACGCUGAAUAGCCUACGUUUCAUGUUCACCGUGAUGCAGGCAGGGUUACCAAUUUUGGCUCAGUGGUGAGUUUCCACUCAGGUGACAGAAAUGAGUGAUUGUGAAUGUUGCUCAGAAUAUUUAUUGCAUUUUAGUGAAACACUGAGAUCAUUAGCGGCAUACCAUAAUGGACAUUUGAAAAAUAACCGUUGACGUGCUGCAUACACACUGUUUGUUCAAUCAGUACUGUAACACAACAUGGUUUGCUAACGGAAAAGACAUACGUUCUACAAUCUUUGUGUAUAUUUAUAAAUCUGUGUUUCUUUAUCAUACCCUUAUUGUUUUGCAUUGCAGAACUUGCAUAAUACAUGUUUACAAAAUGUAAUUUUAAUUUCUCUUGUACAGAGUGUGUAAAUAAGAAUAAUAAAAAGUAAUAACAGCAUCCUUGUAAUUAAAAGAUGUAUAUUUAUUUUCUUUAUGACAAAUAAACUACCAGUCAAAAGCUUUUGAAGAGUAAAAUUUUAAAUGUGUCUCUUCUGCUCACCAAGCCCGCAUUUAUUUGAUACAGCAAAAACAGUAAAAUUUAGGGUUUUUUUACUAUUUCAAAUGUCUGUUUUUUAUUUGAAUAUAUUUUAAAAUGUAAUUUAUUCUUGUGAUCAAAGCUACAUUUUCAGCAUCAUUACUCCAGUCUUCAGUAUUACAUGAUCCUUCCAAAAUCAUUCUAAUAUACUGAUUUGCUGUUCAAGAAACAUUUAUUAUUAUUGUCAAUAUUUAAAACAGUUGUUCAUUUUUUUCAUGAUUUUUUAAUGACUAGAAAGAUCCAAAGAUCAGGAUUUAUCUAAAAAUAAAAAGCUUUUGUAACAUCAUACACUAAAUUCAAAAGCUAAACGCUACAUUUAAAAUUUUAAUUCAAAAUUCUAAGCACCACAUUCAAAAGCUUGGAGUCAGUAUAAAAGAAUUAUAGAAAUGAUUAUUUUUAUUUAGCAAGGAUGCCUUAAAUUGAUUAAAAAAAAAUUGAUUAUAAAGAAAUGUAUAAUGUUACAGAAGAUUUCUAUUUCAGAUAAAUGCAGUACUUCUGAACUUUCUAUUCAUCAAAGAAACCUGAAAAGAAUUAUACUCUGUUGUUUUCAACAUAAUAAUAAUAAAUGUUUUGUUGUGGUGGUUGUUUAGCAGCAAAUCUAAAUAUUAGAAUGAUUUCUGAUGGAUCAUGUGACUGGAGUAAUUAUGCUAAAAAUUCAGCUUUGAAAUCUCAGGAAUAAAUUACAUUUUAGAAAAAACAGUUAUUUUAAAUAGUAAAAAUAUUUCAAAAUUUAACUGUUUUUGCUGUACUUUGGAUCAAAGAAAUGCAGAAGAGACUUCUUCUAAAAAAAAAAAAAAACAUUGAAAUUCUUACUGUUCAAAAACUUUUGACUGGUAAUGUAUUAUAUUUACAAAUGUUUCCAAGAAGGUGUAAAAAAAAAAACAACAGGGAGCAAAAGAUCCAGUAGAAAUCUAGUUAUUCAUUAGUUAAUUUUAAGUAAUUAAAUUAUAUUCCUCCUUUCUAACUGAAAU